AGGGCUGCCUUUGCAAUAGGUAGCAAACCAUCGCACUGUUUUCCUGCUCUUCUUUGCCGGCGAGCAAGCGAAGGGAGACAAUCCGCGUGACACAGACGUAACCAUGACGUGGACAGCGGUCGUCUGCUGGGUCUUGCUGGUGGCCGUCGUGGUCCCCACAGUCAAGCCACAGACAAUGCAGCCUCAACGUCCAUACGUUGGCUGUUUCCAUGACGACAAAGAUCGCCUCUUCCCUACGCCUGUGAAGGUAUUCGAUAACCUGACCCCUGACCUCUGUAUACAGAAUUGCAGGACCCAGGGUUACAAGUAUGCAGGAGUACAGUAUGGAAAGGAGUGCUACUGCGGAAGCUCGUGCGAAAAGUACCCUAAGAUCGAUGAAUCACAGUGUAACUAUAACUGCACGGGCAACAAGGACAUCAGAUGUGGAGGUUUCUACGCAAUGGGUGUAUACACAACGGAACAAGAAUCACCUCCGGGUGUGGACUGCAGUGGCGACUUUCGCCCGUUCCUGGGCUACUGCUUGCGAAUAUCCUCUGUCCCCCAGGACUGGGCCACCGCCCAGCGUACCUGUCUGGAGCAAGGUGCUCGAUUGCUCGAAGUGGAAAACUUCAUGGGCCUUUUGGCGCAGCUCUCUAACCUCGGGGCAUACAAAGACCAGAUCAUUGGGCAAAAAAUCUUCCUGGGCGCGGUUGGUUCGACCUCCACUACCAUAAAGGUGGGAUCCCUGAUGACAGCCGCUCAGACAGGAUUACAGGACCUGGUCAAAGGCUUAGUCAGCACCGACUACUCCGCUAGCAAAAACACCCUGAUCCAAGGUCUCCUGCGGGGUUCCGAUAGCAGUGACGAAGAUGACGCCUCGAAGCAGGGGUCUGACAGAAGUGGAAGCAACCAGAACUCCGGCCAGGUCAAAAGUCGUGAACGUCGCGACUUGAGCGGUAUCUCCCUCGUGGCGAAGGCGCUGGGCAGCAAUACCUUAGGUGGCAUAGCCAACGCCUUGAACCAGGGGUUUGGAGUCCUCCAGACCUCUGCCCAGGCCGGAGAUCGCCAGUCGCCAGGCUCGGUCAGCAGGGAUGAUGAUGAUGAUGACAAUCAGAGUGGAGGCAGCCAGAACUCCGGCCAAGCCAUAAGUCGCCAGUCGCCAGGCUCGGGCAGCAAGGAUGAUGAUGAUGACAAUAACGUCAACAAUUGGGUAAAAGACCUAUUUAAAGGACCGGGUUCGACUAGUCGGCAGGAUGACGACAAUGACAACAGAUUUGGAAGCGGGGGUCUGAGUAAGACGACAGAAAGCAGCAACAGGCUGUGCAAUUACGUAAUCUUCGAGUCCCUCUACCCUAAAAUCGGCCUCGGCGACUGCUCGGCGAAGAUGUCCUUCAUCUGCGAGAAAGCUGCCAAUUGGAAGCCAGAAGACCUAACCUACACCAACUGGUUCUCUCUGAAAACUGGCAAUGCUGAUCAAGAUGAAGAGACCUAUAGCAACUACUUUCUACAGCAGGUUAAACUACCUCCGGCUGAAAGAGGACCACUGUGUACAACUCCCGUUGCCUGCCAGUGUAGACGUAAAGGCAGUACACUCAGCACAGAUGUGAUAGAUUCCAAGAUUAACAACAACCCAUACUCACUGAACUUUGAGAAUGAUUGGGGAUGCCAGCUGGUCAACGGCGACUGCCAGCUGCGGUGUCAGAAGUCACGACAAACUCUCUUGAAGACGUGCUUUGACUUCGAGAUGCGAGCCUUAUGCCCUAAAACAGACACCUCCACGUGUGCCCAGCAGAUCAACAAAGACAACUGCAACAAGCUGAACAAAGACUGCAAAGACACGCCGACAGGACCCAUAUGUGUGGAGAGAACACAGACACCAGGCCAGUGCGGCUUGCCCAAUGGUCAGCCAACUGCGAUGAAAAAGUGUACUGCCUCAGGCGACCCGCAUUACCGGUCCUUCGAUGGGAAAUGCUACAACUUCAUGGGUACCUGCUGCUACACAUUUCUACAGAUGUGCGACACUUCCGGUGGGCUCCCGAACAUCGAAGUGACGGUUUGUAACGACAAAUUUGGUCGCAACCCGGCGCUGACCAAGGUAGCGUGGACUAGCAACAUCACUGUGUAUGUUCCAACUCCGUCUGGUGUGCGACGCUCCUUCCUCUUCAAGCGCGACAAAUAUUUUGAAGCAAAUGGAAACAGAAUUUCUCUUCCUUUCUCUGCCGGAAAUGUGAAGGUGUACAUGUCCCAGAACAGAGUGAUUCUUGACACGGACUUGUGCUUCAAGUUGGAAUGGGACUGGAGCUCAAGCAUUUCUGUCAGCUUGGCGGCGUCGUAUCGAGGACGCACGUGUGGACUGUGCGGCAACAUGAACGACAACCCAGAAGACGACUUCGUCCCCUACAAAGGCGAUAGGAACGUGGCGGUCACCGACUUCGCCGAUAGCUACCUUGUGCCCACCAGCGGCGUGACAGAAUGUGAAGGUUCUCAGCCAAGUCCCACCACUCCAGUGUGUUCGGAUACUGACUCGCUGAAGUACAAGCAGGAUAUUUACUGUGGGCUUCUGAAUCCACUCAAUACAAACUCUCCUUUUUACAAGGCCAUUCAAUGGCAACCUCCCGGUAAGUCUGUGCGGGUUGUCACAUAUAUUUAA